AUGAUUAAAUACUUGUUUGUUUUAAUAUUACUUUAUUUGACUUAAGCCAAGAGAAUUAAGCAAAGCUAUCUCAUUAAAUCACUUAAAGAUUGGCAUUACAUAUCAAAAUUCGGAGCAGAAACAGGUGAAGUUUUCUAUUCAUUAACGUAUAUAAAAAAUUACAUAAUAAUAUUAGUUUCCGAAUCAUUAAUGCAGAUGAAAAUGAUGAAAGAACAAUUCCAAUAUAAUAUGAAUUAUUUUUAGAUGAAGAAUGGUAAAAUGCAAUAGAGAAGAGUGAAUGUGAUGUAAAAAUAAAAGAUUAUAAAAUUAGAGAAAUAAUGUUGCAAGAAGAAAGGAGACUAUAUGGAUUCCAGUAAAAAGUGAAUUUGAAUUUAAGGGAAGUUUAACAGCAAAAGUUAGAGCACAUCUAUGGUAUUUUGCAUUUAGUGAUUGUGAAAAAUAAUUAAGAAAUUCAUUUCCAGUUGAAAAUAAAGUUAAAUUAGAAGUGGAAUUACAUAUAACAAAUGUUGGAGGCACUGAAUUUACAUUAGAAUAAUUUGGAAUUUUAUAAAUUAUAGGUGUAAUAGCCUUAAUUGAUGUAAUUAUGCUUAUAUAUAAUGGGAAUUAAAUAUUAGAAAAAUAAAGAAAAUAUGAGGAAUUUAGUUUGCCAUUAUUUUUAUUGGUUAUCACUUUAUUAUUGGAAACAUUUUCAUAUAGUUUUUUAACUAUUCAUUUAUGGAUAUAUAGUGAGAAUGGGGCUGGAUCAUUAUUAUUAUAAGUUAUGUCUGUUAUAUUUUAAGUUGCAUCAUAAUUUUCAUUAACAAUGAUUUUGGUUAUGUUGUCUUGGGGAUGGUAAAUAAAUUUUAGUAAAUUUGAUAAUUUUGAAUUAUUUUUACCAAUAUCUAUAUUGAUAGGAUUCUUUUAAAUUACAAUAGUUGGAGUAAGUUUUAUAGAUUAUGAUUCAUAUUAUAAAGAUCAUUCAUAUGAAGGAUGGGUUGGAUGGUUAGCUGCAUUAAUAUAUAUAGGAGAAUUUAUCUAUUUUAUGAAUGGUUUAGUUGAUACUUACAACAAAUAGAAUACAAAAAUAUAAUAAUUUAUUUUAUUAUUGGGUUUGUAUGGUGGAGUAUAUUUCAUAAGUUUCCCAGUUUUGUAGACUGUAAAUUUGGUAAAUAAUCAUUUUAUAUUCUUAAGUUUACUGCCAGAUAUGUUAGAUAUAAAGUAAUGGAGAUAGGAACUAUGUUAUUUAGAACCUCUGCCAUUUUGUUACUUACUAGAUUGUUUACUUCAAAAAAAUCAAUCUUUGCAUAGAUUUCAAUUGAGAAUAAGAGUUUCUUAGAUAGAAAUAAGGAUGAAUGAG